UCAUUUAUAUCGAAUCUAUUUUUAAAUAGCUUAUUUUGUUGUAUUAAUAAGAUUGUGUUAUUCAAGUGGAAUAGGAAUAAAACAAUAAAUCGAUCACUUUCACUUUAUGCACAUAUUCAUUUCCGAAUAUUAAAUAAUUUAAUUACGUUUUAAUUAUUUUCCUAAAAAAUAAUAGAAUAAUUUAAUUAAAUUAAAAAUAUGUUUAAUACAAAAUCAUGUUGGACUAAAAUAAAAUUAAAUUCGAUUUAAUUUGGUGCGAAAGAAUGAAAGUAUAAGUUCAUAAUCCCAGAAGCAACAGGGUCAAUGCCGACGAUAGAAUGGAGAUAGGUGAAAGUUCUUAAAUAUAAAAGGCUCCACCUUUCUCGAAAACGGCAUCAGUUCACCACAACACAUCGAAGAAACAUCACCAUGAAUCCAAUCGUUUGCGUAGUUUUCUGUGUCUUUGCUGCUGUAAAUGCUGGUUACGCCGGCAGUUAUGGCGAAGAAGAUCAUGGGGGUCACGAAACCAUCGUUGUACAAAAGCCGAUUCAUAUCCCAGUACCUAAACAUGUCCCAGUUGAAAUCCCACACAAAGUACCCAUUCCAGUACCAAAACCAGUUGCUGUUCCAGUUCCACAACCUUAUCCAAUUCAAGUUCAUGUCCCACAACCGGUUGCUGUACCAAUUAUUAAAACCAUCACCAUCCCCGUUGAAAAGCCGGUACCAUACAAAGUCGAAAAGGAAGUUGCUGUUCCAAUUGAAAAAUACAUCCCAGUUACUGUUGAGAAGCACGUAAAGAUUCCCAUACCAAAACCAGUACCAGUUCAUGUACCAGUUUACAAAAUUGUUUACCAUGGACACGGAGGAAAACAUUAAGUAAAUUGAUGUUUUUAGGCUGUUAUUGUUAAAAAAUUUUUGGUAUUUAUGUGA